AUGUACGCCAACAACCCAUGUACGCCAUCAUCCACCCAUGUACGCCAUCAACCCAUGUACGCCAUCAUCCACCCAUACGCCAUCAACCCAUGUAAUCAUCCACCCAUGUACGCCAACAACCCAUGUACGCCAUCAUCCACCCAUGUAUACGCCCACCCAUGUACACCAGUCACCUAUGCACCAGUCACCCAUGUACGCCAUCAGCCACCCAUGUACGCCAUCAGCCACCCAUGUACACCAGCCACCCAUGUAUACCAGCCACCAUGUACACCAGUCACCUAUGUACACCACACCCAUGUACCAGUCACCCAUGUACGCCAACCCAUGUACGCCAUCAUCCACCCAUGUCACAGCCACCCAUGUAUACCAGCCACCCAUGUACACAGUCACCCAUGUACACCAGUCACCCAUGUACGCCAACAACCCAUGUACGCCAACAACCCAUGUACACCAUCAUCCAAAUUAUGUACCAGCCACCCAUGUAUACCAGCCACCCAUGUACACCAGUCACCCAUGUACACCAGUCACCCAUGUACACCAGUCACCCAUGUACGCCAACAACCCAUGUACGCCAUCUCCACCCAUGUACACCAGCCACCCAUGUAUACCAGCCACCCAUGUACACCAGUCACCUAUGUACACCAAUCACCCAUGUACGCCAACAACCCAUGUACGCCAUCAGCCGCCCAUGUACACCAGCCACCAUGUAUACCAGUCACCCAUGUACACCAGUCACCCAUUGUACACCAGUCACCCAUGUAUACCAGUCACCCAUGUACACCAGCCACCCAUGUACACCAGCCACCCAUAUACGUCAGCCACGUAUAUACGCCAGCCACUGAGCCAGCCAGUCAGGUACGCCAGACUCAGCUAGUAGACAGUCAGUCCAGGUUCUGUGUCAGCAUCAGCCCUCAGCAAGGUUCUGCCAAGUCAUUGAUGACCGAGAUACCCGUAGACAUGCCCUGGCUGACACGGUAUAGCGGCCUUGACGUGCCAACUUCUGUUCCCAGCCAGUCAGCACGUCAGGCAGCCAGUCAGCAGGUUCAGGCAGCCAGUCAGCACGUCACAAACUCUGGAUCACUAUCUGUUGUGUCGAGGUCUUUCUGA